AUGGACUACAGCCGCCGUGGCAUGACGACCACUACCAUGGCCAGCACGACGCGCUCUGAAGCGUCAGAUGAAGACCGUAUCGACACGCUGUCGAGGCCAGCCAAUCCUUUCGCAACGCCCCUGGGUUCCACGCCACAAGCAUCCAAGCCGGGGUCUUUCAUCGCCUCUUCGAGUUCAUUCCAACAGCAGAAACACCAGGAGCAGCCAUACUUUCGUUCUCGAAGGGUGGACAAAGAAGCAGCAGAGAAGCCAUGGCUCAAGAAGAAGGACUCCAAGGAGAAGUGGGUGACCAUUAUACCAAUCAUUGGCGUACUGAUUGGCUUGGGCAUUUCUGGCUACCUGAUAUACGACGGCCUCAUGUCGGUCAAGAACUUCACGUACUGCUCCGUCUAUGAAUCCGACUUCAGCCGAGGCCUCGACAUGGACGUCUGGACGAAGGAGGUAGAGGUUGGCGGAUUCGGCAACGGACAAUUCGAGCAGACCACGCAGACCGAUGAGAACGCAUACAUCAAAGACGGAGUCCUUAUCAUCAAGCCCACGCUGCAAGACAAAGAGCUGAUCGAGAACAACAACACCAUCAACCUCCUCAAGAGCGGUCUAUGUACAUCUGACACCUGGGCCAACUGCGUAGCGACUACCAACACGACCAACGGAACGAUCGUCAACCCCGUCAAGUCUGCUCGACUCAGCACAAGAGGAGGCGCGAGCAUCAAGUAUGGCCGUAUUGAGGUUGAAGCUAAGCUUCCGUCCGGUGACUGGCUGUGGCCUGCUAUCUGGAUGAUGCCCGUCAAGAAUACCUAUGGCCCGUGGCCGGCUUCAGGAGAGAUUGACAUCGUGGAAUCGCGAGGCAACAACCACACCUAUAACCCACAGGGCGGGCGGAACAUCAUGUCCUCUACUCUCCACUGGGGCCCAGACUCGGCAAACGAUCAAUGGUGGCAGACCAACGAGAAACUUGCAGCCCUCCACACUACAUACGCGGACUCAUGGCACACUUUCGGCCUGGAGUGGACUGAGAAGUACAUCUUCACUUAUGUUGGCUCGCGCUUGCUGCAAGUCCUCUACACGGACUUCAACAAACCGUUCUGGCAGAAAGGAUCCUUCCCACCGGCCACCGCUAAUGGCACCAAUAUCGUCGAUCCUUGGUCGCAGACUGGCCGUGAUGCCACGCCGUUUGACCAAGAGUUCUACUUGAUCAUCAACGUUGCUGUUGGAGGGACCAACAACUGGUUCAUGGAUGGUGUCGCAGGCAAGCCCUGGGUUAACGACUCGCCGACCGCCAAGCUGGACUUCUGGAAGGCUCGCGAUCAAUGGUACCCGACCUGGACGCAGCCAAUGGAGAUUAGGAGUGUCAAGAUGAUGCAGCAGUCGGGAUUCAAUGGGUGUUCAGCCGGCGCCCCCUGGAGUGAAGCGUGA